UUCUCAUGCUUCAAACAUCAAUAUACCCUUCUUAAAAGAGAAGCAACCUAUUCCUUGACAAAAAAUGACUUCUAUUUAUAACCUUCUUCAUUACCUUCUUCCUCUCCUUUCUCUGCUUCAAUCUUGCGCAGAAAAUGGUAGACAAAAACAUUAUCGCGGCCGAUUGCAUUGUCAUAUGUUGCUGCUGCCAAUGCUUAAUCCUCCAAAUCAUCAUCUUAUUCUUGCUUAACCUACCAUGCAAACUGUUUAAGAAAACAAAAGAAUGUAUAAAGAAAUUGAGAGAUCGACGUCGGAACAAGAAAACUAUGAAGAUUGAGAAUAGAAGAUAUGAAGAUGAAAUCUUGAAAAAUCAUGGGGGAUCUUUGAGGGUUGAAUUUCAAAGUUUGUGUUGUAUUGAAGAAGUUGAAAAGGUUUUGGAAGAGUUUUCUCAAAAUGGUGAAUUUGCUUUUGGAAGUUUUUGGGGUGGGAAUGAAGAGGAGGUUUUAGAGACAAAGUGCAUUUCAACAUGUAUAAGGAAACAAACAGUUGAUUAUGAUGUUUUUCAUACUCAUUUGAUACAAGUCUUUGGAUCUUUCAACUUGCAAUGACACUCUUACAUGCUCUUUUACAAUGCUUAUUAAAUAAAAAUACAUGUAAUUAUUUUUUUUAAAAGUAGUGUAUAUAUAAUAGACACACUCACUCCAAACUUACCUACUCUAAAUUCAGAAUUCGCCUCUUAUACUCUCUCGGUAUAUUUGACGUGGUUUUUGAGUAUAUAUAAGAUGUUUAGUCGCGUCAUUUUAGUCUAAUAUGGCUUCUUUAACCACAGGCGGAUUUAUAGUUUAGAUUAUGGGACACGUGAACCCAUAGUCUCUUCUGUCAAACUAGGUAUUUUAUGUAUGUAUUUUCU